AUGACAGAAGACAACCACUCUUUGACAGCUGAGUUUAUCCUCACAGGAUUCACAGGCCGCCCAGAGCUGAAGACCCUGCUGUUUGUGGUGUUCUUUGCCAUCUAUCUGAUCACCAUGGUGGGGAACCUUGGUUUGGUGGCCUUGAUUUACAUGGAACGUCGGCUUCACACCCCAAUGUACAUCUUUCUGGGCAACCUGGCCCUGAUGGAUUCCUGCUGCUCCUGUGCCAUUACACCCAAGGUGUUACAGAACUUCUUUUCUGAGGACAGAGUGAUUUCUCUCUACGAGUGCAUGGCACAGUUUUAUUUUCUCUGCCUUGCUGAAACUACGGACUGCUUUCUGCUGGCAGCAAUGGCCUAUGACCGCUAUGUGGCCAUAUGCAGUCCCCUGCAGUACCACACCAGGAUGUCAAAGAGACUGUGCAUUCAGAUGACCACAGGAGCCUACAUAGCUGGAAACCUGCAUCCCAUGAUUGAAGUAUUAUUCCUGCUGAGGUUAACCUUCUGUGGGGCUCAUCAAAUCAAUCAUUUUUUUUGUGAUGUCCUUCCAUUAUAUCGACUCUCCUGUGUUAACCCUUACAUCAAUGAACUGACAUUACUUACCUUGGCAGGGUCAAUCCAAAUCUUUACUAUUACGAUAGUCCUAAUCUCUUAUUUCUGCAUUCUUUUUACAAUCUUCACAAUGAAAUCCAAAGAGGGAAGAGGUAAAGCCUUAUCUACUUGUGCAUCCCACUUUCUUUCUGUGUCUAUAUUCUAUGGUUCUCUUCUCUUCAUGUAUGCUCGACCAAGUUCACUUAAUGAAGGGGAUAAAGAUAUACCUGUUGCUAUUUUUUAUACCCUAGUAAUUCCUUUAUUAAAUCCUUUUAUUUAUAGUCUAAGAAAUAAAGAAGUAAUAAAUGUUUUAAAAAGAAUUAUGAAGAAAAGAAAAUUUUGUAACAAUCUGAAACAAAUAUCACCUCCCCUGGAAAACUGA